CCCAUUCGAACUGUCACCUCUGACAAUUAUGACUUUUGAUAUCAUGCAUUUCGGCUUAUGAGUUCCUUCAACACUUUCCUAAAUUCAUGUGAACAUGCCAGCAUUAGAAGCAAAAAGAGGUAGUAAAGAAGACGAAGCUUGGGCUGACAUGUUGGAUAGUUUGGUAGAUUUCAUUUCAGCAUCAAAAACAAUGAUAAAAAUCAUAAACAAGAAAAUACAAGCUUCUAGAGAUGAAUCUGAAACUGUGGACAGUAUUUCUCCCGAGACACCAAGAUCCAUUAUUAUAUCAGAAGAUUCUAUUGAGGAGAUACACAGAAAUCCUUCUUUCAAUGUAUACAUUCCACAAUCUUCCAUGAUGGCUGAAGUUUUUCAAGAAGAUCUCACUUCACAACCCAAUAAUGUAUUUCCGAAAUAUCACUCAUCCAGUCAGUUCCUCACAGAGCAGUACCAUCUGACCAAGCAAGCAAUUGCUAGAAAGUAUCGGCCACAGAACCGAUUAACUCCUAACACUUUGAAGAAAAGUCCCAUUGAAGAUUAUUUCAUGAAUGAAAUGUUCACAGAAGGUUUGUACAGAAUUUCGAAUAAUACAUCAGAAAGCAUCAAACCACCCUCCUGCCAAGAAAAGUAUAAAGAAGUUCCGAGAAUAUAUAGAAAAGCAUCAUAUGAUUCCUGAAGAACCAGAAGAACCAGAAAUGGAAUAUUAUUAAAUAAUUUAUAAAUAAACUCUUGACUCGAAAUUGUA